AUGACGACGUCGACGUCAUCUCCUUCUCUAUCAGCCAAGAAGUCAAGACGACCUACGACCGCGACGUGGUCGCCAUCGCCGCCUACAGCGCCAUGGAGAAGUAUUCCGUUCGUGGUGUGUGCCGGCAACCAAGGCCCCGGCGCCUCCACCGUGGAGAACGACGUGCCCUGGAUGUUCACCGUGGGCGCCGGCACGGUCGACCGCUCGUUGGAGGCCAAGCUGCAGUCAACGACCGGCGGCAACCCCAUCUUGGGCCAAUACAUGGCCAACAGGAAGAGGACCCAGAGCACGCCUAGGGGUGGUAAUCCCAUCGCAGAAGCGGUGACCAAGUACAAGGCCGCAGCCGCUGUAUCAAUACAGCAGCCCGGCUACGCAUUCGACUUGUACGAUUACGGGCCUGCUCGUCCUAUCGUCCAAGUCUCCUACGACGAGCGCGAGAGGCUCAAGGCGCCCAUCGUCGCUGGCUUCUCGGGCCGGGGUCCGAGCAAGCGCAGCCCAGGCAUCCUGAAGCUGGACAUCAUGGCGCCAGGAGUCAACAUCUUCGCUGGAGUACCGGACGCGCACCCGUACACGCCGUUCGACUUCAUGUCGGGGACCUCGAUGGCCACGCCCCACGUGAGCGGGCUCGUGGCGCUCUUCAGGACUCUUCACCCCCACUGGUCGCCCGCCGCGAUCCGGUCGGCGUUCGUGACAACCGCCGACGUCGUGGACAACACAGGAAAACCCAUCCAAGAUGAAAACCGAGCUGCGGCCGCUGGCGCGUACAGCAUCAGGGCCGGGCACGUUCUUGUUAUUUCUUAA